AUGCCCAAGGCGAUGACAUUGCCGAGGCUUCUGCCCAAGAACUGGACGCCGCCACUUCCAAAGGGAGCUCGAUGGCUUCAACAAAAAAAAGAAUUCACGCCUUUGCCAUCUAUCCCUGACGAUACUGCUGCCAGCAAUGCAGCCUCACGACAAGAAACACCCACGAAGGUUGUCGCAAAGCGACAUCCCCGCGUCAACGACACGACAGACAUAGAAGAGUCUGAAGAUGAACUCGAGAAGAAGCUUCAGGAGCAACAGUUGGAGCCAGGGACCGACAAGCACUGGAUCAAGCCUUCUGAGAAAGAAAUCAAGCCCCCGAUAAUCCGAGAUGGCGUCUCAGAACACGCUAUCAAGCCCACAGUUGCUUUGUUCAAGAAGAAAAUCGCCGCUAGGCAAGGCUUCAAUCACGAUACAAGCGACGAGUCCAAUCAAAAGUACAACUGGGAAAUCGACUGGAGCACGCCGGCGUCCCUAAGUGAGCGCGAAUCACAAGCCGUAGCAGUGGAACUAGAACAUAGAGGAAUCAAGACCAGCAAGCAAUACAGCAACUUUUGGUACAACCUUACAAUGAAGUUUUCAAGACUUGCAGGCUCGCCGAUUCCGCUUUUUACAGCAAAGAAAAAGGCACUCGACACGUUUGUUGAGGAGGCCAUGCAGAACCAGGAAAUCAGACGGCGGAACAGAAACAAGGCCGCCCUAACGCAAAAGAAAGCGAGGCGCCGAGAGAAGAAGAAGACGCAGCCCAAAGAUGUGGAUGCAUUUCUCAUUCCGGGGGAUACAGACGCUGAGAGUGAAUCCGAGGAUUCCGAUUCCGAUCUCAACGGGGCCGGUCUGAUCGCCAAAAUGCGGGCGGAUACCGAGAAACGGCAGAGGACAUAUGGAGGCGGAACGAGCUGUGGACGUCGAAGCAAGUAA